UGUGUGUGUUUGAGGAGGGUGUGUGCUACAGAGGGGAGAGUACAGCGGUAAGAGAGAGAGAGGCAGAGAGAGAGAUGCUGCACCUGUGCAUGAUCACCUGAGAAGAAGAAGAAGAAGAAGAAAAUAAAACAGAGAGGAGGUAAAGAAUCUGGAAGCAUGGAGGGACAGUUUCACCUCUGAGAGAAUCUCCUUCAGCCAGCUCGUCACCAACAAGGUCAGUUCUCCCCGUCCCAUCAUGGCUGAUCCAAGCUGGUGGAAGCUGACCUUCUCACGCAAGAAGAAGUCCGAGUCUAAGGUCCUGUACGAGAUCCCGGCCGAGUACGGCAGCAACACCGGGAACAAAGAGCACCUGAGUGCUACUAACCCGCCUCCGGACCACAUGGACAGCCAGUUCAACGCCAGGCUGGAGAAGAUUGUGGACAAAUCUGCCACCAAAGGUCGCCACGUUAAAGUGUCCCACUCUGGACGCUUCAAGGAGAAGAAGAAGGUCCGGGCCACGCUGGUCGAGAACCCAAACCUGUUCGCGGAGCACAACCUCAGCGACGAGAACCAUAAAAAGAAGACUGACAAAUAGCAGAAAACAAAACGUGAUCACAACACGUGUCAUAAUAUCACACUUAUUAUAGAUGAAGGAUUAAAUAUAUACAACCAUGAGGCACAACAUGUGCACCGUGGCUCCACACCCAGUAGAUAGCGUAACCAGUGGACUCACACCAGUACAAACAACUGGUAUCAGCAAACCAUUAAACAAAGCACCGGAGACUUUGCGUCUCUCUUUCUGUGCUCACACUGUUGUUAUUUAUCUUCACAAUCUGCCUAACCUCGUGCAAACAUCCUUACGAAUGAACAGGAACAUUGUUGUAAAUUAUUUUUAUUAUUAAGGAUGUCGAUUUUUUUUUUUAAUGUCUUACACAAUCAAAACACAAAAAGAAAAGUGUGCAGUGCAACCAAAGUACAAUUUUUAUUACAUUUUUAUGAGAUUUUUUGAUUGAAAUAUUGUGGAUACUCUACAUGUAUGGUUAAUAAUUUAAAAAAUACAGUUUAUAUAAUCUUUUCUGGAAUCUUAAAGCAAGAAAAUGUAUUUUGUUUUUAAUAAAUGUAAGAAGAUGAGUUAAUAUAAAAAGAGUGCUUUGUGUUUGUGCAGGU